AUGCCCCCGCCACCCUCGACCUGGGAGAUGCGCCGCCCGGCCAAGAUCACCCGCGGAGCAAGAGAUUUCCUGCCUUGGACUCCUGCUCUCCCUACUGCCCAGGACAAAGACCGACCUGGCACGCCGCCCAGCCCGAGUCCCUCGGAGUGCCCAACAGACGCGGCGAGCCUCCAACCCCGGAGCCCUUGCAGCCCCCUACACUGCAGAGAGGGAUCGUCCUCGGGAGGCCUCCGCGACAACCUGCUCACUCCUCCUGAUAUGUCCUCGAGUCUGGAGCCUCCAAGCCAGUCUUCAGCCCUACCUGGACCCGUCCGCCAGGACAUUCCACCCCCCGCAGAUCGGAUUGCUGCACCAGGCGGUGACCCCCGCAGUCCUCUACAGCUGCAGCCCCGUACCCCUUUACAGUCCGGGGGAGGUCCCAGUCAGAAAAUUUUGUCCUACGGAUGUCCAUCGGAUAUACCUUCACGGAGAUACGGAUAUCCGCAGAAUAAUUCCUACGAACGAGCACUUUGCGGACAUAACCCGGAAAUACGGACAGAAACAGGAGCUCUCUGGGAUGAUGCUAGAGCGCGGAGAGCAGCCCAGUUGCGGUCAACGGACGUGCCCGAAGAGGGAUCUACCGAAGACGAGGAAACAGCAGCCAACAGCAGUCACGACGAACCCCUCACCCAACCUGGGACAGAAACAGACGAGUCCCCAUCCUCGGCGGAAUGCAGUGCAUCCCAGACCGAAAGCACCACCUGCGGCAGUGCCACUCCUGGGGUAACAGAAUCUACUAAUGACGCGCAGCUACACGCGACACAAGAUCAUGACCCAAGCGGGGGAUCCGAAGACCGCCCAGGAACAACGGACCAACAACCAGCAGAUGAACGCAGCCCACUCGAACAAUUGGCAAGGACAAUCAACGAAAUGAUCAAGCGGCCAGAAUCUGACAAUGUUUACGCAAGCUUCGAGAAGGCCAUGGAGGAUGCCGUCACCUUAGUGAAGACGGCCGCAAAAAUGCCCGAAAUCACCGAACGCACCCCCAGUCGUCGAAAGGUGAACCCAGAAGAUCCCCGAGCUAUACAGAGACUGUAUAGAAGAAACCGCCGGCAGGCUGCGAGACUAAUUGUCCAGGGAGAAACUACCCAGUGCCAAAUCCCGACUGAAGAGGCAGGACUAUUCUUCCAAGUAUUAUGGCAGGAAAAAACGGCGGACACAAGUGUAUUCACAACGGUGCGUCCUGCAGGAGAAGAAGUCCAGCUGAGUCCCUUCACCCCAGAAGAAGCCCGAAAACGAGCACGACGAUGCGAAAACACGGCACCUGGGGAAGACAGGAUCACUUACAAGCAUUGGCUAAUGACAGACCCCCAGUGCACAUUCCUAGCGGCAACGUUCAAUAUGUGCCUCAAGUACCGGAGAGUGCCGCGAAGCUGGAAAUCGCCACGAACGAUCCUAAUUCACAAGAAGGGGAGGCGCGACGAUCUACAGAACUGGAGGCCAAUAUCACUGAUGAGGACCAUCAACAAACUAUACACAGGAUGCCUGGCCUCAAGAAUGCAAACAUGGAUUGCUGAGAACAUUGUGAUCAGCCACUGCCAAAAGGGCUUUCUGCCCUACGACGGCGUAUUCGAACAUAAUUUCGUCCUGCAAACCCUCCUCGACCGAGCCAGAUCCGAGGCAGGAGAACUAUGCACAGCCCUUCUGGACUUUUCAAAUGCCUUUGGGUCGGUACCGCACAACGCAAUAGUGGAAGCAGUCUGCCGCAGCGGUGCCGGAGAAGCGUUCACCGAGAUCGUGCGGGAUCUAUACACCGAGAACACUACGAGAGUAGCUACCAGCGGAGAAGAGACCGAACCAAUCAACAUCAAUGCUGGCAUCCGACAGGGGUGCCCGCUAAGCGGACUCCUCUUCAACAUGGUGAUUGAUGUCAUCCUCAGGAAAGUACAAGGCGCGGACUCCACUCACCGAAUCCUGGCAUACGCCGACGACAUCGCCCCACUAGCGCAGGACCAAUCAACCCUCCAAGAUAGAGUCAACACAGUCGCAACAAUGGCACGACAGCUCGGACUAAAACUGAACCCGGGAAAGUGCAAAGCCCUGCACCUGUCCGGCAAACAACCAGUCGGCCUGCGAGAGAUGCCAAUCAGGAUCGACAACGAGGUAAUCCCGACGCUGCACGACCACGAGCCCCUGAAAUAUCUUGGCAGACCAGUGGGCUUCAUGCUUGCAAACGACGUGGAGGACCUGCGUGAAACAAUCGACGCUGCCAACAAGAUUAUGGAAUCAGCACUGGCACCCUGGCAGCGAUUAGAUGCCCUAAGGACAUUCAUCUACCCGGCACUAAACUUCGCCAUGAGGUGCGGGACCCUCGGGAAAACGGAGUGGCGGAAGUUUGAUGACCUGCUGAAGCCCAUGAUCAAACGGACGCUAUACCUGCCACAACCUGCAACCACACUGUACCUCUACGGGUCAAGAAAAGGCCGAGGUUGCGGAAUCCCCAUCGCGGCAGAAAUGAGCGACCUCUGCCGCGUGGACAACGCUUUCAAGUUAUUAACAUCCAGGGACCCGGAAGUCGCCAGGCUUGCAAUAACCGAGCUACAGCACACAGUCAGCAAGCGACUCCGAAGGGAUGUCAACACGGAAGACAUCGAGGCCUUCCUCAACUGCAACACGGAAGGGGACUUCCGGGGCGCGUCAAACCCUCUCAGAAGCACCUGGACUGAGGCGCGCAAAGCUUCCGGACGCCUCAACAUCACCUGGGAGCUCAGCAACGACGCAGGACCAGCCAUCACCCGUGCGGGAUCAACAAUCACCCACAACGCACGCACGAAGCUGAUGGCGAAACUCCGGGCGGACCUGUGCAAGGAGAGAGACGCCGAGCUACAGCAACUUCCCAACCAGGGGAAAGUGAUAGAAGCAGUAGCAGCGGACCCAGCCAGCAGCCACUUCAUGACGACUGGGGACUACAUGACGUUCGCAGCAUGGCGGUUUAUACACAAAGCAAGACUGAACCAACUACCUCUGAACGGCGCCCAGCCUUGGAACGCGAACGCCGACAAAAGAUGUCGUCGAUGUGGCUACGCAUCUGAAUCACUCCCACAUGUACUAUGCCACUGCAUGGAGAAGAGCGCGGCCUACACGGAAAGGCACAACAAGAUCGUGCAAAGGGUGAAGUCAGCGGCGCAGAUGCGGUACUCCAUCAUUAGCGAGAACAAACCAGUGGGCGACACUAACCUCCGACCAGACCUGGUGCUGUCCAGAGGAGAAGAAGCCAUCAUAGUGGACGUGACAGUACCUUUUGACAACCGCCUGGAAGCCUUCAAAGUAGCCAGCGAAGAGAAGGAACGAAAAUACGAACCCGUGCGACAACACCUACUUCGCAGGUUCAACCGCGUCCGCACAGAGGCCAUCGUCGUUGGCGCACUAGCAAGCUGGGACCCACAAAAUGACCGCCUGCUCAAGCGCAUAUGCUCCAAGACAUACCUGAAAACGAUGAAGAAACUAUCAGUGAGCGACGUUAUACUCGCAUCAAGGGACAUUUACGUGUCACACGUAACUAGGAGCUCAUAA